GUAACAAUGCCGACCGAGAGGCCUGGUGCCUAGGGCCUAUCGAGAAUCCCAAUCAAUCUGAUGGAAAGCUACGUACGACCUCCGCGGUCAAAAAGACUCGGAACAAGCUCGCAGUUUAUCAACAAGCUGCACGUGAGAUGCAACAGUAUCGCGUAACGAAUGAGAACGAGGAGAAGUGGGUAUCGAUUUUACGUAGGCAUAUCUUUCAAGAUUACCCAAAAAUCGACGGGGAAUCGAAUACUUAUGAGAAAAAACUGAAAGGAUGGGAAAUUCACGCAGACGUCCUCUGGAAUGAAUUUCCUUGCAGAAACUCAGCGAAUUCGAAGCAUAUUCAGAUCACACAGCCGAAACCUGAUGUCACCUACGGGUUCCCUAUCAUCCAGCCCAGUGAUGAUGUGUACCGAACACUGAGUGGCGAUCCCAACGUGGACAGCUUUUCCCUGCCAGUUCUUGGAGAGUUGCGAAGCAGAGCAGACCUACAACUUAUGUCAACACCAACAACAGCUUUGGCCAGAUGGGCCUCAAAUAGAAGCAAAAAUGUACUGCAGGCCAAAGAUCUCAUGUGUUUUCCAUGGGCCAUCGUGGAGAUGAAACGAGGCACUCCGGAGCCACUUGCGAAUAAUCCGCCGAUCAACAAGCGUGAAGCGAGGGACCACGAAAAACGAACGGAGUUCUGCUACUGCCAAGCAGCUAAUGCUUCUGCAGCAGGCCUUAUUCUACGAGAAAGGUUGGCUGAGAAGGCAAAUGCGAUAUCCGGUGCGGAAGCCGCUCAGGUGAUGCUUGCGUUUACUUGCGUGGGAUCCACGGCCAAGCUAUGGAUUACUUAUCGCAAGAAGCUGAGUAGUCACAACGACAACAGCUACGUUUGGCCUGAUAAGAAAGGAUGCAUCAUGAUGCACUGCAUAUGGACUACAUCCUUGGAACUAUCUUGGGGGGUCAUGGCCCUACGUGUGGUUGUGAAGAAUGUCAAAGACUGGGUAUACACCCACAUCGAGCCCAAUAUAGCAAGGUGGAUCGCACAGAUCCGCUCAGCUGGUCUGCAAACGUACUCCCUUACACCAGGUGGAGAUAUCAUCGGUUUCAGAAGGCGAGCCGCCUCCCUAGGGCCGACACAAGAGGACUCUGAUUCAGAGGAGUUGGAAGUCGUCAACUCUAGGAGUCAACAUUGCACCCCGCAAGGCAAAUUGAGGCCCCACUUGCAACACGGUCAGACAGCUCCUGAAUCACUCGAUAGACGUUUGAUCAAAGUCAGGAUCCCACAAAUCAGAUUGAACGGACUGACAAAGAUUGACCACGAGGAUAGUGAUGAUGGCCCGGAGAUAGGGCACAAGAGUGCUCGCCUUAGCGGUGCACGACGAAAGCUAAAGGUCGACUCAAAUGAUCUAUCUGCGUUCAUUUACGACGAGGGCGCGUCCGAAGAUGAUGCCGAUGAAACGUACUCUCCGUCAAAGUCAGAGGAUGAUAGUGGCCAAAGCAACAGUGAAGAGGAGGACAGUGUCGAAUGCGCUAGUGCAGAUGACGGCAACAUCAGCGACGAAGAGGUGAAGGAGCUCUUAGACACCGCUCAUUCGUACCUAUCAUCGGACAGCCAGAGAUACUGCUUUCAGUUACCCGAUAGGUCACAACCUAUUUCGUGGCUGGAAGCAUGCUCUACAUCGAGUGAGCUAGUGGGAACCAAGACUAAGAAAGAUAGGCGUGGAAGUGCGCGAUUCUGAACAGAUUAUGGACGGAGCCUACGA